UUUAACUCUUUUAGAACUUUGGUCUAGUUUUCACUGCUUUACAUAAUUAUUUAUUAUCAAAAGAUAAACGAGAUUUAGCAGAAGAGCCAUUGGGUGUUAUUAACGUUCCACCAACCAUGAUGAUAAGUUCAUGUACACACAUGGGGAGAUGCAUUUUUCAGUUGACCAGAAGCUGUACGAAGGUGUUAAGACGCUCCUCCAAGCUUGAAUUAUUGAGAAUUAGCCAAUCUAGUUACCAUAUGGCAGGCCAAACUGAGCUGAAAGAGUGCCAGGGGGAUUGGGUAGUGGACUUACGGAGUGACACUCUCACUAAACCCACCCCCGGCAUGAGGCAAGCCAUGGCCAAUGCUGAGGUAGGGGAUGAUGUCUUUGGGGAAGACCCAACAGUAAAUGAAUUGCAAAAAAGAUGUGCUGAUCUGUUUGGGAAAGAAGCAGCUCUUUUUGUGCCCACUGGGACAAUGGGAAAUCUUAUUGCUAUUUUGACACACUGCCAAGGAAGAGGUUUGGAGGCAAUCAUUGGUGACGGUAGUCAUAUUUGUUGGUAUGAGCAAGGAGGAAUAGCACAGUUUGCUGGUGUGAUGCCAGCCUUGAUACACAACAAGUCUGAUGGCACUGUAGACCUUGAUGAACUGAAGAGUAAAAUCCGCCCCCUUGAUGACCCUCACCAGCCCCACACCAGACUCAUAUGUCUGGAAAAUACCCACAACCGUUGUGGUGGCAAGGUUCUUCCUGUCAGCUUCAUGAAAGAGGUAUACAGCAUAGCCCAAGAGAAUAACCUCAGUGUUCACUUAGAUGGAGCGAGGGUUCUUAAUGCAGCGGCAGCCCUGAAAAUACCUGUGUCGGAUAUUUUACAGUACACUGACUCUGUCAAUAUGUGUUUCUCCAAGGGCCUGGCUUCUCCAGUAGGAUCCAUUAUAGCAGGGACAAAAGCCUUCAUAGCGACGGCUCUGAGAAUGAGAAAGGCCCUAGGUGGGGGCCUAAGACAGUCAGGGAUCCUCGCGGCCGCAGCUAUUUAUUCACUGGAUCACAUUGUCCCACGCCUUGGAGAUGACCACAUUCAUGCACAGAUGCUUGCCGAAGGAAUAAUGUCUGUGGACCAAAAUGUUGCCAGUAUAAAUGUGGAUGAUGUGCAUACCAACAUUUUGAUGAUAACUGUUGUGUCAGAAAGAGUGUCUGCAGAGAUGGUGGUUAACAGACUUACACAGGUAACAGCUGCUGAGGAGAAUGAACUAGGAUGUCGAGUGGCCAUCAAGGGAAUGGUUUGGGGACCCAAACUAAUACGCUUAGUCACACACAAUGACAUAUCUUCAACUGACCUUCAGAAAGCUGUCCACAAAAUGCAGUUUAUCCUCAAAGAAUUUUCAUCUUAAUAAUGUCACUACAUACCUCAAAUGACUACCGGUAGUUCAUAUACAAAAGGCAGUUGACUAUUGACAUGAAAAUAGACAGUCAACCCUUGCUUAAUUGAAGUGUAUUACCCUCAAAGUCCCGGAUACUGUAGUAUAAACAGUAAACGGACACCAAGCCAGGUGCCCAAUGGCUGUACAAUUGAUAUCUCCCUGCACUAGGUAACAAGACAGCCUAUAAUUGAAAGAUAACUGAAACAGCAAUUAAUUUACCACUUGACUUUCAGGUUAUUAUUUCACAAAGUGUUAGCCCAUAAAACCUUGGGAAAAGGGAUUUUAUUAUUUUAUCUUCAUGUAUGACACAAAGUCCAAGUCAUUGCUGUACUUCAGUAGAUGCACCCUCACGAAUGUUAGUGUAUGUAUAAGGUAGCAGUGUACAGUAGCGUACGGUGGCCAUGGGUGAUAUUUUUGUACAGUGAAUAACCCCUGUAA